GGACUGCUCUGGCCGCAGGUAGCGGAGGCGCGGGGGCGGCGCGCUGGACCGAGCGGAGCGCCCCGGGAGGGGCCGGCGGACAGGACAGACGGAUCCUCCAAUCGCCCGCCCCAGACCUUAGUGACCGUCUGCGUCGGCCAUGUGGGGAUCCGGGGUCCCCGCCGAGGGCCUGUCGGUGGCACCGGCGCCGCCAGCGCUGCUGCCGCUGUUGCUGCUCCUGGCGCUGGCGGCGCCCUCGCGGGGCGGCGGGGACUGCGCGGAGCUGGCGUGCGGAGAGCGGGAGCGCUGCUGCGAUGCGGCCAACGCCACGGCCGUGCGCUGCUGCAAGCUACCGCUGCACGCCUUCCUGGACAACGUGGGUUGGUUCGUCCGCAAGCUCUCGGGGCUGCUCAUCCUGCUGGUGCUCUUCGCCAUCGGCUACUUCCUGCAGCGUAUCAUCUGCCCCAGCCCCCGCAGGUACCCGCGCGGCCAGGCGAGGCCCGGGCAGGCGCGGCCAGGGCCGCCGGGGGGCGCCGGGCCGCCAGGAGCCGCGGGGCCGGACGACGACGACGACGACUCGCCCGCGCUGCUGCGGGACGAGGCGGCCGCCGGCUCGCAGGACUCACUGCUGGACAGUGGCAGCGGUGGUCGGGGCCGUGGGGGCGGCGGGCUCUCCGCCCCCUCCUGCGCCUCCGAGCACGAGCUGCGGGUAGUGUCGCCGGUCUUCCUGCAGCUGCCCAGCUACGAGGAGGUCAAGUACCUGCCGACCUAUGAGGAGUCCAUGCGCCUGCAGCAGCUCAGCCCCGGGGAGGUCGUGCUGCCUGUGUCGGUGCUCGGCCGCCCUCGAGGCGGCGGCGCUGGGGAGUCCGACGGCAGCGAGGGCCGCUUCCCGCUCAUCUGAGCCCCCGGGUCCCCUCGAGGACCCCGCGGACAGAACUGGGCUGGGGGCUGCGGGUGGGACGCAACGGCUGGGGUGGCCGCGGCCACCACCAACUGCCUCAGACCAAGCCUGCCCCCACCCCGGCCUAAUCGCCUAUUACCUGGCCACUGGGUUGGGAUCAAGCCCCACCCUGUACUUUUCUGCGAUCUUAAGUUUCCCUACGUUUCAUUCGGUUCAAGGAAACGUUAGGCACGCGCAGCAGGGGCGACAGCAGCCGACCGGUCCGGAGCGCAACGUCGAAGGACGGUCUUCGCCCUCAGAUUGUGUUCACUCGUAAGUGCCUGCUUCCCGAAUCACAAAGAACACGUGAGCCCUUUAGUGCGUCGGAGACGGACAGUAUCCUUUAGGGAAAAGCGGGAAGGGAUGCAGCUCCACUCCUUUCCCUCCAGGACAGAGAAGAGGGCCAGGAGCGGUAGGGGGACCGCAGCGGCUGGAGACGGCUGCGCCCGUGUCUGGGAAAGAAGCAUGUAGGUAUGACCUAACGCCUCCCUUGAGGAGGAUCCCCAAAACCCCUCCGUGUCUUCCUGGCCAAGCGUAGUCACAACUGAUGGCUCACAAUUUGGUGGGGGAUCCCCGUGAUACCCAGUUAGUUGCUGUACCUAUUCAAGAUACAGGAAUUACGUAUAUCUAAGGCCAUAUUCGUAAUAAGGUACAGUUGGACUUUUGAUUUUUCAAUAACUGAGAAGAUAUUUAUAUUUGUCUUUUAUUUUUAUAUUUUUACCAUGUAUUGAAUGCAUCAAGAGGGUAUUUCUCCAAUUAAUGACAAGAUAAUUGUCUUAUCACCCUUUUUAGGCCUUACUGGCCUGGAAAUUGCCCACACUGUCAUUGUUUUAAAAAAUGGACAUUAUUUCAUUUACAAUGGGACAAAAAAGGCAUGGUCAAACGAGAAAAUGUGACAUAAAAAACACGAAGGAUAUCUUAUUUUCACUAUUUGAGAAGAAUAUAUAUUAUUUUUAGUACUGUGGCAUAAUAUAUCUUUUUAUAGUAAUAACUAUGCAUUAUAUAGUCUAGGUCUUAAUUGUAUCAUUUACCACAUAGUUACAUGUAAAAAUGAUUAAUACAUAUACGCCUACCAUGAAGCAUGAUGUCAUGCACUUUCCCCUCCAUUUUUCAUUUGGAAUACAUUCACAACAUGCUACAAAACAGAAGAAAUUGUUGUGACUUGGAACUUUUAAACCCAUAGUUGUGCAGUAAUAUACUACAGAAGGAUACAGUCAACCUAUUUUAAGAAAAAAAAAUGUCAUUGUAACAGUUCUGCAAUUCUAUGAAAUGUCCUUUAAGCAAAUGGUAAUAUGAAAUAUUAACACAUAUGUAUAAUGUACAUAUGCAUAUUGUCUAUGUACAAUAUAUACAUUGUGUACCAUAUAAUUAUUACAGUUUAUGAUUAUCAUGAAAGGAAAACAGAAAAGGUUUCCUUGCUUAAGGAAUGAUGAGUAUUACAUUAAGAAAGAUUAUACACAUGGACUUCACAUGUGUAUCUCAAAAUGUUCUUAUACCUGAAAAAGUCUGGCAAUUCUAAGAAAUCGUAAAAUACCUGAAUUGUAUUAGAAGAAAAUGAUUUGGUUACCUUAAACUUUUAAAAGCUGGUUGAAAAAGUCUGAUAGUUCUAAGAAAUCUUAAAAUGUCUCAAUUGUAAUAGAAGAGAAUGGUUUACUCUAAACUUUUAAAAACUAAUGACCCUGUCAUUAAAAUCAUUUGAAGUGUAUUAAAACAGAAAAACUUUAAAAUCUUUCUCUGUGCAAAUUAUAUAAGAUGUAUGACUAUAUGGUAGUGUAUUAAAACUUGAAAUGUGUAUCUUUGUCAUUUAAAAGCAAUUUUAAGCUGUGAAUUGGCAAAAGCACCAGGAGUUAAGACUAUCAAUUGAGUAUGAUACAAGAUUUAAUGAAAUCACAUUAUAUUGUAUAAUUGCAUAUAUUAAUAUUACUCAAACACUAAAAUUUUAUUGAUAUGUGGUAUCAAUAUCACCCACCAUUCAAACAAACCGGAAAAUGGCCAUAUUCUUUUAAAUGAUUUAUCCUUGGAGAGUACACUGUUUUAGACAUUUCUUAAAAUUCACCCAUAUCUGAAACAUCAAUAUAAAUAUCUAAAUACUAGUAUAUCAAGAACCAGAAGUUCUUGAUUACUGUCAGUUGGGUUGAUUGUCCUACAAGUUGUUGGUUCUAAUAUCUUGAGCUUUACAAGAAAAUCUUGCAAAAAUACACUUAUAAUAUGGACCAAGUAUGUUUCCUUUGUAUCAACUAUGGAACAUCUCUUUCCCUAAAAUUCAGAAUUUCCAUAAUAUAACACCAUUCACGCAAUGAGGUUCUCUUGAAUUUUAAAACUGCAACAAAUUUUACAUUUGUUUCUUUCCCUAUACAUCAUACAAGCCUUUAUUCACAUCUCUCAGUUUAAUAAAAAUGAGUUUGACUGUACUUUGGUUUUUUUCUUGCAGUUCAUUGAUUUACCAGGCACAAUUUGUUCAGGCAUAAUUUUGUGGGGAAAAACAUCCUCAAGAACUAUUUGUAUUAGUGAUAAAUGAACAUGUGUCAUGGUAAUACACACACAUACAGAACAAACCAUGUUAAUACACACAGGACCUAUAUAUUCAUGAGGCUAGAUAGCAUACCUGGGUAGCAACAUUUGUAAAGCACUAAGGCCAGUAUCUACCUGAGUGUUCAGGUUUACAGGUUUCGCCUGGAAGUUAUUUAUCCCAUAGAACUAGUAGAAAAUAGAAAUGUAGAAAAGUUAUUAAUGUAGAAAAUAGUUACACACAUAUAUUUAUAUAGUCUGUGACUGAUAAUUUUUGCAAGGCUGCUACGUAAGUACCCAUUUUAACCAAACCCACCUGAGAGUGCCAGGUUCUCCAGUACUAACCAAGCCUUUGCUCCUGGUUUUCAGUUAUCAAUGUAAUUCACAUAUUAAAACAUUUCAAGCAUAUUUUAUUUCCACUGACUUCUCAUGUGUAGGGAAAUAGUAGUCCUGGAUAUGUGAGAAAACGAUUGAUUUUCUAAAUCACAUAUAUAUCAUAUAUAUAUGAUCACCAGUUGCUUAAAAGCAAUUUGUUAUUGGCAUUCAAUAUCAUAACCAAGGGGAAAAUGUCUUCUAGAGAUAGAAUGAUAGUUUUAAGAGGCCUUUAAUUGCCACAUUACAAAUGUGUGCUUCAACCAUGGGAAAUGGCAUUGGCAAUUAUGCCAAAGGGCAUGAGGUGUACUAUAUAAGGAAAACAAGAUUCAAUUGUAAAAGCCAAAGGGAAUAUUAAGGAAAUGGCUCCAACAGUUUAAAAGGCAAUGUGAUAAGUAAUCUCCUUUAUGUAUACAGUUUCUCUCAAGUGGAAUUAAUAAAGGCAUCAAUUCAGAGCUGAAACGGGUAUGUUAUAAACAUGAAAUGUGGUCUUCAGAUUUCUACAGUAUUCUGCAUUGACUUUUGUAAAAAUUUCAUGAAUCAUAAUUCAUUUGGAUUUCCAGACUGAGAGAAACAGUGAUGAGUUGUUUUAUUUUGAGCACCCCAGCACUAACCAUUUCUCCAAAAGUGUAAGUUGCAGGCAGCCAAUCAGUAAUAGAAUAUUUGGCAAGUUUUUAUCUGACCUUCACUAGUUUACAAUUUACUUUUUCAUUCUCCUUUCAUUCACUGGUAAAAAAGCUAAUAACUGGUAGGCUGAGGUAUUUUAUCAAAGAAUGAAUUGGCAACCAUUAUUGCAGUCACAUUCUAGUUGUACUGGGAAGUAAAGACCCUAUGCCCUUUUGCCUUUGCAGACAAAACCUUAUUUGAGCCUCUAGACCUCAAAGAUAGCUUGAUUUACCAUUGAUUGUUGUAUCUUUUGCUUUCUUAUGGAUUUUCUGCACAGGCUCCUCUUCUACUUCCUCUGUAUAUGGUAUUCUGUUUUACUGAGUAGACUAGAAGAUACCUCUAACUUUACAUUUGUUUUAUUUUAGAUGAUCAUGAAGAAUCCCCAACUUGUUUAAGA